AUGCCAGGGAGACAGUCUGAGGAGCAGCCAGUGGAGAUGAAGGCAGCUGAGGAUGAGGCAGAGGUGGGUCUGGGGGGCCUGACUUUGGAGGAGCUGCAGCAGGGCCAGGAGGCUGCCCUGGCGCUGGAGGACAUGAUGACUCUGAGCGCCCAGACCCUGGUCCAAGCCGAGGUAGACGAGCUCUACCAGGAAGUGCGUCCCCUGGGCCAAGGCCGCUUCGGCCGCGUUCUCCUGGUCACCCAUCGUCAGAAAGGCACACCCAUGGCUCUGAAGCAGCUCCCGAAGCCCCCCACUUCCCUGCGAGGCUUCCUGUAUGAGUUCUGCGUGGGCCUCUCGCUGGGCACACACUCAGCCAUCGUGGCCACCUAUGGCAUCGGCAUCGAGUCCGCCGACUCCUACAGCUUCCUGACGGAGCCCGUCUUGCACGGGGACCUCAUGGCCUUCAUCCAGCCCAAGGUGGGCCUCCCGCCACCAGCCGUCCAGCGUUGCGCUGCCCAGCUGGCCUCGGCCCUGGAACACAUUCACGCCCACGGCCUGGUGUACCGGGACGUGAAGCCGGAGAAUGUGCUGGUGUGUGACCCGGACUGCCAGCGUGUCAAGUUGACCGACUUCGGCCACACACGGCCCCGCGGGACCCUACUCCGCCUGACCGGGCCGCCCAUCCCCUACACAGCCCCCGAGCUGUGCGCGCCCCCACCCCUCCCCGAGGGCCUGCCCAUUCAGCCUGCCCUGGACGCCUGGGCCCUGGGGGUCCUGGUCUUCUGCCUCCUCACCGGCUACUUCCCCUGGGACCAGCCCCUGGCCGAGGCUGACCCCUUCUACGAGGACUUCGUCAUCUGGCAGGCCUCGGGCCAGCCCCAGGACCGUCCUCAGCCCUGGUACGGCCUGGCCCCCGCGGCGGAUGCCCUCCUGUGGGGGCUGCUGGAACCUCAUCCCCGAAGGAGGAGCCCUGUGGGCUCCAUCAGGGGCUACCUGGGGCGGCCCUGGAGGCAGUGGGAGGGCGAGGCUGGAGUGGUGGGACAGGCGGAAGAGGAGGGCCGGCAGUGA